AUGGUCCCUGGAAAUCAGGGUAGUCUCUGCGAAUCAGGGUAUCCCGUGGAUAUCAAAGUGUCCCUGAGAACCAGGGUAUUACCUGAAUAUCACAUCCCUAAGAAUAAAUUAUAUUUUUUUGACGUGGGUGGUCGCGAGAAUUUUGGAAUUACCCUGAUUUUCAAAGACUACCCUGAAUUUCAGGGACAUCCACGUCAAGAGACACGCCUGACGACGCUUAUGGCUCGCAUGCGAAUCACAGAAACUGUCAUUGGAGUCCUCGGAACGGUGAAGCGGAAACAAAACCAUAAGAACUUUUUUGGUGUUGGCGGGAUGAACCAAAGUUGUGGCUUGGUCCCCACCAUUGAGGUCAUAAGAAAAGCGAUGGGCAACCAAAUCACCGAGACCCCUAUCCUGGAUGUUAACGGAGGAAAUCGCGAGAUUUCCAGUGAAGUCGCGGCUAGACAAACCUUAAGCAAGGCAAAUCUCAAGCAAAUAUUCCUGAGGUUCAAAACAUACUUGAAAGGAGCUAAGAUGUUCCGCGAUAGAAUGCCUCUAAGGAGACCAAAACGUGAAAUUUCCAAGGUUCCCCUUCAGAAUGGCAAUGACCUUAUUAGAAUGCCGGAACAGUUCUCGCAGGGACAACGCUACCUUUCCUGGCUGCGUGUCAAGGUGAACGCAGUAGCGCGUGCAAUUGCUUCCCUGGGACAACACCGUAACGAUGGCUUUACUCUAAGCAAACUCUUGGAAUUUCGUGGAGCUCGUCUAAGUUCCAUAGAGAACAAAGUUCGAAGAGACAAAAGGUACGGAAGCGGGGAGAGCGAGCGACCUAGUCGAAAGUACUUUGAACUAGCCGAAGUACAGGGCCUGGCGAAUAACAUCAAAAGUCUCAAGGCAACGAAGCGUCAACUUGGUGUCAGUCGCCAAGGAGCUUUAUAUUUGGCCAGAGAGCGUCUAGAUCGAGAUACAACAAAGGUUCCAGUAACGAGCAUUUGCAAGUUUUGGAAACCUAUUGUGGCGACAGGGUCCUCGAAUACUUCAGGAAAAGCUCCGGAACCGACUGAGGCGGAAUGGAAAGAAAUCUUUCGCAAAGCGAAAGUCUUUCUGCCGCAACAUCCAAUUUAA